AUGGACCUCUUUCAACGCCUCGACGAAGAUAUUACAAACAUCAUCAUUGAACAUGGUUUCCUCAACCUCGACACGUUGCGCUUUGCGACGGAACGGGAGGUCGAGCGUGCUGCCGUUAGGGCGCUCGAGAUGGCUACCCCGGAUCAGCAGCUCGCUAUUGCCAUGAGACAGAGUGUCAUGGGAAUAGAGGGCGACGACGCCAUUAUUCACGAAAAUGAGAACGAGGACAACGAUAAUGAUGCCAACGAUAAUGAUGCCAACAAUAACGCCGGUAACGUUGUCAUGGAGGCGCAGAAACCUCAGACGCUGGAGACGACAAUGACAUCAACAACGACGACAGAACGGAAUGCGUCGUCUGCUUCACGGCACGACAACCCCUCCACCGCCUCCCCUGCGGCUGCCGAAUGUGCCCCCGCUGCCUCCGGCGCUGUCUCCGCGCGGGAUUACGCCCAGGAGGCUGGCCGCCGCGGUGCUGUCAGCCCCUACAACCAGAAAACACAGGUUCGGGUUGAGGAGGAGACGCCGGGCGGGGAGAGGGUGUAUUGUGCUAGGCCGGAGUGUGCUGCGUUUAUACCGGCUGCUGGUGGUGCUACUUGUCUUGCAUGUGGGCAGGGGACGUGUCGGCAGUGUCGGAGGCCGCUCCAUCCGGGACAGCUGUGCGGCACCGAGGCUGAGGAUGCGGCGUUGAUGGAUGUCAUGGACGAGCUUGAUUUUUCGCCUUGCCCUAGUUGUCGGAGGAUUAUCGAGCGUGCGGGCGGGUGUACGCACAUGACAGUUCUGCUUCUCGUGCGGCGGGAUAUGGAGGAGAGGCUGGUCAACUUGGGGAAGAUGGUCGACUGGUUGUUCCCACGCCGGUACUUCAGCACCCUCCUUUCCCUCCUCCUCCGCCGCCGCCUCAACCGCCUCAGGUUCAACCGGAAGUUCAACCGCAAGCUCAACCCUUUCCGCAAGCAAAUCUUGAUGGUUUGUGGGUACCGUUUCCUGCAGGGGGCACGCGCAACUUCAAUUUGGGUUCAGCCUAUGGUUGUGCCAUUUUCUCCUCCGCCAGUACAGUCCUCGAUCGACGCCAGCCGAGUUCCCCAGCCGCAAGUGCAAGGUCUCCAACCCUUGGGAGAAAUACAAUUCAUAGAUCAGCGCAACAUAUACGACAUGGACCGGGAAACUCGCAUUCGACAGGGCCGGGGACGGUUCAGCAUCAUCAUGUUCUACCCAGACGGCAGAAAUACCGAGCCGGAAACCCGAGAGUGGCGCCCUGAACCCCGCGCCAACAGACGCCGACCACCUCCCCUCGCGCAUCCGGGCGAGAGGGCGGGAGCACCGCGGGCCUGGCCCGUAUUCGCGAUCCACGCCGAGGACCCCCUGUGCAGCCAUCACCUGCCGACGUCGUGGGAGGUGGAGGACAUGAACAACCGCGUCCAGCCGCCCGCGUGCACGUUUUGCCGGUCGAGGGCGUACGCCGUGUACUUUCGGUGCCGGACGUGCGGGAUCGUGGCGUGUAGUAUGCAUAAUAGCGUCCGGUUCGGGUUGACGUGGGCGCAGGCGGUGAGGGUGAGGAACGGGUUGAGGAAUCGGGUCUGGAUUGAGCCGGCGGGCACGAGGAGAGGUGGGAAUAGGAGAGACGAGAAUCGGAGAGGCGUUUGGGAGAAGAUGAUGCGGAUGGGGCACAUUGAAGUUAAACAUUGUGUAAGUGAUCUGGGCUGCUCACUGGUACAAUCACCUUCUUGGUUUCUAAGCCAUAUUGGUUCCUACGAGAACCUGCAAAAUAUGUUGGCAUAA